UUUGAUUUCUGCGACAGGAAAUAUGGACGGCAAGGCGUUGGGAAAAACCGAGGUUGCAAAGACUCCGGCAGCCGCCGACAAGUCUCCGGCCGCCGUCGACAAGUCUCCGGCGAAAACUGUUGCAGCGAGCCCGAAGAAGGAGACCCCGGCGGAGAAUCAAUCCCCACCGUUGGUUUCGGGGGAGAAGAGGAAAGAGAGACUGGACGAGAAGGUGAUGGAUUCGAGAUCUGUGGUUCCUAAGUUCACACAGGCGGACACAGAGAAGAUAAUCAAGGAGGCUGAGCAAUACGCGAAGGAUUUGAACGAUCGGAUCAACAGCCUGCGUUCCGGCAUCGACGAUGUCCGCGAGAAUUCAUCUUUGUCGUUGAAGUCUGAUUCUUCUGCAGGCGAUAACGAGGAAUCUGGUGAGGAAAGUGAUGAGGAGGUGGACUCCAUUAUGCAGAGGAUCGUUAAGAUUGUCGGAAUUCGAGUUUGGGAAGGAGGGCGCUAUGCUGUCAGAAUGAUAUCGAACAGAACUGAGAGCACUGAAAUUGCUGUUGCGAUGGCAAUCGACUCUCUCUCCCUUUCUGUCUCUGUCAAGAACAGACUUGCUUCUACUUUUGUUAAUGCUGCUGCUUACAACUGUUAUCUCCUCAAUUUCAGCUUUCAUGUGGGAGAAGACAGUGAUGACAACUUGCUAAGCUUGAUUGCGAAGAUCAAGGUGGCUUUUUUGAAUCAGGGUUUUGAGUUUGCUAACGAUAUCUGAAGUCAUAUCGUCACCGUUGCCGUCGCCGUCGCCAUCACCAUCACCACCACCACCACCACCACCACCACCACCACCAUCUGCAGUUUAUUUCUGUUUCAGUUUUAGGGUUUUCAAAAAAUGGCUUCAAGUAAUUUUAAUUUUCAGUUUUUGAUUAUGGAUCGUUGAUCAGACAAUGGUUUUCGUUUAUUUUGCAUUAUGUAAUUUGUGGGCAAGAUCUCGAAUCGAGCUCACUCAACU